CGCAUGCGUAUUUAGGGAAGGCGCUUGCCAACGAAAAAGCCGAUUAACAAAUUUAAUCCAGUUGUAAAAAAUCCCCUAAUAUUUGUAUCUUUACGAUUAUUUGGCUUUGUUUGAAUCCUUAGUAAUACUUGCCCUCUCUUUAUGCAUUAGGUGUGUUUGUGAAAUAUGUUCUGUUAAAGGCAGUCUUCAUACAUCCUUGCGUUCAAUUUUUCAGUGAGAUUUAAAAUUUUUCUCAUUGAUGUAUAUCAAAAGGAUUUAAAAUGAAGCACAUGUUAAACAAGUGGUUUGUCGGUAUUCAGGAGCAUUCUGGUACAUAAAAAUCGAUCUGAAUUUGUGAUUUACCAUGGAAGUGGAAACAAAUAAAAGUAUGGAUUCUUCGGUAGGAAUAAAGAUAUUGAAAAAGAAUAGAAGCACACCAUUUCAAAAGAGGAUAGCGUCCAUUGCCUUCAAGUUCGGAGAUGACGUCACUGAUUGGAUGAACGCUGGAAACAGAGCUACUGCCAGCAUCAAGACACCGAAGUAUGGAUUGCGCAGGCGCCCGCCUAAACUUCCAUCGCCGCUGAUUCGACUUCCAGCCAGCAGCAUUAGUGAUACCCCCACAACAAUGACCACAGACUCUAUUUCACGUUCGACAUACGUAACUCUUCGGGGCUCUAGUAUAACACCUUAUGCAUAUCUUAAUUCAGAGGCAUCUCGAGCGAAACCAACAACAGCGACAGACAACGAAAUUUUGUCAAGAAAGGACGCGUCUAACACGGACAGAUCAACCAAAAGCAUCUUGAGUCAAAGGGAAGUUCUGGGACCGAUUAAACCAAAUGGAAAUCAGCUACCUCUCAAAGCCCAUACGUCUAUGGACAGACACUCCAAUGGUUCUCUGGAAAUCGCCAAAGUUAGCGAGUCAGCGCCAUUACAACGAUCCGAGUCCAAAAGAAGCUUGCCUCACCCCACGUUUCGUCAUAUGUCCUACACAAACCGGACGCGGACGUCUAUGGAUGAUGGCGAGUUUAAUAUUAAUCCAGAGCCCGUGCCCUACCAACCCCAAAACUUCAUGCAGUCCGAGUUACCCCGGAUAGAGUCGUCCACAUUACUUAAGAAAGUUCCUAUACCAAAACGUCAUUUAGAUUCCUUUGGGGGUUAUGAAUAUUCAUUAGGUUCUAAGCGCGGAGUGAUACUACACACAGAUCGGUACCAGUGGGAUGCCCCUAAGUCUUUCGAAGGAAUGAGCCAGAGGGAUCGACUAAAGGCCGAGCUGGAGUACAUGGAAAGAUUGCGCGGAAUAAAACGACGACGAGAAAUGUUACCUCACCGAGCCCAGCUCGACCUUCUCAUGGGGGGAAAGAAAGUCGAAUUUUCUGAAAGAUUUGACAUCCAAAAGGAGAUUCAAAAAUUGAAAUCCUUGAUCAUGCCUAGAAAUGCCAGGGAUUUAUUUCAUGGAAGGGGUUUUCAGCUACCAGACAUGCACUCGUCAAUGAAGCCACGGCGGCCACCGAUACUGGAUUACGACAGUGAUGAGGACACCUCAGUUCCUUCUAGUCAUCGUCUUGGCAAACAGACAGUUGACCCAGAUACUGGGUUACCCAGACCGAGGCUAAGGCAAAAUGCCGGCCAACUUCCGAGAAUUGACAACAGAAACAUGAUAGAACUUCAGCGAGGCCGGAGACCUAUAUCAAUCAAAUCACAUGACAUGGCACAGGAAACGCACCGGUUUUCGGAGGAAGGGCCUUGGACACGUGAAAACUUUGCUCGCCAAGGUAUGAGUCCUGCCUACCUGAAGCGGUCACGUACAAACAUCCAGUCCAAGAUGGAUUCUGUGGUCAACAGAAGCGCCACCUUACCGGAAGCGACCGAUACACAACUGAAACUUUCGACAAGAAAUGACGCAGUGAAAAGAGUGGAAAUUCCUUCCGCUGGCAACUUACCAAAAUCACGGGGUGCAGAGAAAGUGGAGCCGAUGAUAGACUCGUCCAAGAAUCCUCUACAGAUUGACAACUUAAAGGAAAACUUGCCAGAACAAGACGUGGCUGCCCUGGAGAGAGUGGAAUCUCGCCUGUCAGGGCGGUCCAAACUCGCCGACAGUCCAAUGAAGGCCCCCACACCGAACCCGCUCAGGGGGAGUGAACUCUCUCACUUACUUCCUGAGGAACAAAGGGAUGAGCUCAGAAAAGCUUUCCAGAAGUUGGACACAGAUGCAGAUGGUCAUCUGAUGUAUCAACAAGUGAAAUCGCAACUUCCUCCUCAGAUGACAUCACAACAAGAACGGUUUUUGAAACAGGUAUAUGAAAUUACUAGUUCCAGUACGUUUUUCGGUGUGGACGAGUUUAUGACCAUGUCAACACUCACCAAGAAAGUACAAAGCCUCAAAGAGGAGGCAGCCGACAGCUUCGGUAACCUUGACUUCUCUUCGCUACAUAGCAACAUCGUCAAAUAUGUGGACUUGUUCCAGUCCGUGGACCGGAAUCAGCGAGGUAAAAUCUCGCUAGAAUCUCUACAGGAAGUCCUGUCUACCGCGCAGGAAACUGAUCUCUCAGCAGACGAUAAAACCUGGAACAAAAUUCUCGACGUCAUAGAGCCUGACGAAGGAGUAAAAAUUAGCAAGAUAGAAUAUCUGGCACAUAUACCGUACUUCCUGACCCUUAAACUAAAACCCGGUCCGGGGUCCGUCCCUCAUGCAGGGCGAUUCCAGUGAUAUCGUCACUAUAAAACGCAACCAACAAUGGACAAUACGUUUUUAUCAUCAUUAUAUCUAAUCAUUUCUGACUAUAGAGGUCCGUCCAGUGUUAUUUAUUCUGUAACUACCGGUAUGUCUGACAAACAAUGAUAUACAUGUACUAUUGUUUACCAAAGCCAAUCUGUGAUAUCAGUAAAUCCAUUUAUACAUUGUGUGUCUUUAUGUACAUGUAAAUGUUAACUUGUUCAUUGCUAUUAUAUAUACAUGCAUGUUUUAUGCCAAUUUGUAUGAAAUGAAUAUUUUCUCACCCUAAGAAUAACCUAAAUAAAAUUGAGA